AUGUCACAACAAUCAUCACCUACAUUGGUAUCAAGAAAGUCAUUGUCCGGUAGUGGCAGUGGCAGCUCACCAUCACUUCAUUCAAGUACAAGCUCAGUUGGUCUAAGACAGGCUGCACCACCAAAGAAGUUGGUUAUCAAGAACUUGAAGGAUGUACCAAAGUCAUUAGAUGCCUACGAGUCUGAAGCAUGGGGACAUCUCUCCAAUGCCGUCAACUCAAUCUACAGCAAACAAGCCAUCAAUCAGACACUGGAGGAGUUGUACAGAAUGGUUGAGAACCUUUGUCUAUCAGGUGGCUAUUCAUCAACAUUAUACUCAAAGCUAUCAAGUCUGAUUGAACAGAAUACAAAGGUCAGCCUACAGAGAAUGAUCGGUCAGACAUUGGACAUGGAGCACUACCUGAGUAGUUUGAAUGCAUGUUGGAAGGAUCAUACCAACAACAUUAUACUUAUAAUGAGCAUCUUCUUGUGUAUGGACAGGACUUAUGUACUUCAGAACAAUGCGACCAAGUCGAUUUGGGAUCUUGGCCUGCAGUUCUUUAGCAAGUAUCUGUUGGCAUCAACAGAAUUGUCCAAGAAACUCAAGUCAGGACUGUUACAAUCAAUCGACAAUGAGAGACGUGGCGACAACGUCAACAAAGACCUGUUACAAAGUUUGAUCAAGAUGUUAAAGUCACUACAAAUAUAUAGCGCAUUUGAAUCAGACUUGGUGGCAGAGACAAAUACAUUCUAUUAUAAUGAGGGCAAUAGAUUGAUUGAAGAGUUUGAGGUACCUCAAUACUUGAAGCAUGUACAGAAUAGGAUCAAUGAGGAGAGCGAGAGAGCACUGAGAUACUUGGACAUGUCGACAAAGAAGUCCAUCAUUCAGGCACUCGAGACACACAUGUUGGAGCGUCACAUCAACACAUUGAUUAGCAAGGGAUUCAAUCAGAUGGUCGAUGGCAACAAGACUGAAGACAUACAGCGACUCUACACUCUGCUACAGCGUGUGGGCGCGCUCAAUUCGAUAAGGACGGCAUGGAUCUCAUACAUCAAGACAACAGGCCAAUCGAUGGUGGCUGACAAGGAGAAGCAUGCGACACUCAUCCAAGACCUGGUGGCGCUCAAGGUCAAACUGGAUGGCAUCAUCGAGGCAUCAUUCGCAAAGAAUGAUCUCAUUGUUUAUGCCCUCAAAGAGUCAUUCGAGUUCUUUAUGAACAGAGGCGAGAACAUCGCCGAGCUAUUAGCCAAGUUUGUGGACUCGAAGCUAAGGAGUGGCAACAAGGGAGUGACAGAGAGCGAGCUGGAGGACUCGCUAAACAAGUCAUUGAUACUGUUUAGGUAUAUACAGGGCAAGGAUGUGUUUGAGGCAUUCUACAAGAAGGAUCUGUCAAAGCGUCUGCUACUGGAGAAGUACAUAUCGAUUGAUGCCGAGAAGUCUAUGGUGGCAAAGCUGCGAGCAGAGUGUGGCAAUGAGUUCACCAAGAACUUGGACGGAAUGUUUGUUGAUCUCGACACAUCCAGUGAGAUCAACGAUGCAUUCCGAGCGAAUGGUAUCAAACCUGGCACCACCCACGUCGACCUCCGUGUCCUUGUGUUGACCAAAGGCAACUGGCCAUCAUUCACAAACAUCAAUGUCGUCCUUCCCAAAGAGCUACUUGAGAUGCAAGCAUUGUUCGUUACAUAUUAUACCAAGACACAGAAGUCCAAGACACUUGAGUGGCACUAUCCAUUGAGUCACUGUGUUGCCAAGGCCAACUUCAGACAAGGCAAGAAGGAGUUGUUUGUAUCACUAUUACAAUACCUUAUACUCAAUGUAUUCAAUGAUAGGGAUGGAUUGUCACUGCGAGAUAUUCAACAGGCGACAGGCAUUGAUAUUGCCACGAUAAAGUUGAACAUCAAACCAUUGACCAGUACAAAGACAAAGAUAUUGUUGCGCAAGGCCAAGUCAAAGGAGAUCGACGAGGAGGAUACAUUCCACUUCAACAAUGAGUUUACACAAAAGUUGAUGAAGAUCAAGGUCAACGCCAUGCAGAACAAGGAGACGGCCGAGGAGCAUAAGAAGGUCAGCGAUAGUAUCACUCACGAUCGUGGUACCAACAUCGAUGCAGCAAUCGUCAGGAUCAUGAAGUCAAGGAAGACACUGAGCCACAACCUAUUGAUCAGUGAACUUCUCCAACAACUUAGGUUCUCACCAAAGCCGAUUGACAUUAAGAAGCGUAUCGAGUCUUUGAUUGAGAAGGAGUACUUGGGCAGGGAUCCAAAUAAUCCUAUGGCCUAUAACUACAUUGCCUAG